UGCUUCGACAGCAACUGGAUGAUGCUCACAAGAAAGUGAACAGACAAGAAAAGACAAUCAGUUCUCUCCAUGACCAGUUUCAGGCUCUUGCCAGUAAUAUUCAAUCUCAGAGUGAAAAGCCGAGUCUUCUACUACAAGAGACUGAGGAAGUAGUUAUGAGACAACACCAACUAGAAUGGACUGAUCCCCUAAAACAACAACCUGCAGCAGAGGCUACAUCAUUUAAUUUAGAUGAGACACAGGAUUCAAAGAAGAAAUUGGGUCAAAGCAGCAGUGAACCUCCAGUGGUGGCAGCAACUGCGAAGAACCAGUCACGGAGUCCCAUCAAGCGGCGGUCGAGGCUCUUCCCCCACCUGCACACAGGCUUGGAAGGCCAGGGGGACAGCCGGGCACGAUGUGACAGUGUAUCCAGCACGCCCAAGACCCCAGAUAGCGGACACUCUUCUCAGGAGAUAAAGUCUGAGACCUCAUCCAAUCCCAGCUCUCUGGAAAUCUGCCCCAACAAGGAGAAGAGACUGAGGAGCAGCCAGCCGUCCACGUCACCCUUCAGGCAGGAGGUGUUUGUCUACAGCCCGUCCAUGAGCAGCGAGAGCCCCAGCCUGGGAGCAGCUGCUACCCCGAUCAUCAUGAGCCAGAGUCCCACAGAUGCCAAAAGCAGAAACUCCCCGAGAUCGAACCUGAAAUUCUGCUUUGACAAGCUCAGCCAUGCCAGCUCCGGUGCGGGAAGCCCUGUUCUGCCUGGAGAAGGCUCCUGUUCCAGCAGUUUGAGAGUGCCAAACACAACCCUGACAGCCCCAGGCCCGCCGCCCCACCGGCCACCUGCUCACAUACCAGCCAUCAAUCUGGGUAUCCCAGGUGGUCACAGCCCUGCCUGCGCCGCCACCGACAUGCCCUCCAAGUACCUCCUGUCUCUGGACGAGGCCUCCUUCCUCAAGUUCCUCCUUCCUGACCUCCCAGUGUGAUGUCCAGGUCCUUUGUAAUCUUGUUCAGCCUGGAGAGGAAAAAAGUUGGGCAGG